CGUUGAUCUGGUCUGCUCUAUUCCACUCAAUUCCAAUCUGGCCAAUUUGUCUUCGCCUUUUCACGCUUCCAGUAUUUGUUCUGGAGCUUCUGUGUCCCAGAACAGAGCUGGAUGAGUGGCCCAUUUCCUCUACAGCCCUGAAUUUCAGCGGCCAGAUAAAUUCAGCUGCCGUCCUGGUCAAGUAUCGGACAGAUAUCGAUAGCUACUUGCGCUGCACCCACCCUCGUCUGAGCUGCGCUGGCAGCUAUCACUAGACGGCACCAUGCUUCUACUCCGUAUGCUCGCGGCGCUUUCUUUAUUACUUUUACUUCCAUUGUCGUUAUGCGCAGAGGAUUAUUAUAAGAUACUCGGACUGGACAAGUCUGCCUCCGAACGGGAUAUCAAGAAAGCUUAUCGAACCCUGAGCAAGAAGUACCAUCCGGACAAGAAUCCCGGAGAUGAAACUGCCCAGAAGAGAUUCGUCGAGAUAGCUGAAGCUUACGAGACGCUGUCGGUGCCAUCGACGCGCAAGAUCUAUGAUCAGCAUGGACAUGAAGGGCUCAAGCAGCAUCAGCAGGGCGGCGGACCGCGCGCUCACGACCCGUUCGACUUGUUCUCGCGCUUUUUCGGGGGUGGAGGCCACUUCGGCCAUGCGGGCGGUCACCGCAAAGGGCCCGACAUGGAAGUCCGUCUAGAUCUACCGCUGCGAGACUUUUACACGGGCAAGGAAGUGGAGUUUUCGAUUGAUAAACAACAGAUUUGCGAAACUUGCGAGGGCUCUGGGUCCGCUGACGGAAAGGUCGAAACAUGCGACAAGUGUGGCGGCCGCGGAGUCGUCAUACAGAAGCACAUGCUUGCUCCUGGAAUGUUCCAGCAAGUACAGAUGCACUGUGAUAAGUGCGGUGGAAAGGGAAAGACGAUCAAGAAACCCUGCCCGGUGUGCCACGGACACCGUGUUGUGCGCAAGCCGGUCCAAAUCUCCGCAACCGUCGAACCCGGUAUGGAUAAGGGUACGCGUCUGGUGUUCGAGAAUGAAGCGGACGAGAGUCCUGACUGGGUCGCGGGCGACCUGAUUGUGAUCCUGUCAGAGAAGGAACCUGAGCUGGGCGCUACCGACGAAGAGCGCACUGAUGGUACCUUUUUCCGGCGAAAGGGCCAGGAUCUCUUCUGGAAGGAGGUUCUCUCCCUGCGAGAGGCCUGGAUGGGUGAAUGGACGCGGAACAUCACUCAUCUUGACGGCCAUGUUGUCCAGCUCGGCCGAAAACGUGGUCAAGUUGUGCAACCGAAAUCUGUGGAAACGGUCAAGGGCGAAGGCAUGCCUGUCUACCACGACGGCCAUAUUGACGAACAUACCGGGGAUGAGGUCGGAUCACUAUACGUCGAGUACACGGUCGUACUGCCGGACCAGAUGGAGAGCGGAAUGGAGAAAGAGUUUUAUGCCUUGUGGGAGAAAUGGCGAAAGAAGAACGGUGUCGACCUUGGAAAGGACAGUGGUCGACCUAUACCUCCGCCCGUCCAGACCAAGGAUGAAUUGUGAUAUCUUUGCUUUUCUCACACCUACUUACUGUAAGAUCUUGUUUUGUUUUAAUAUUCCCCAUCAGAUACCGAGUUGGCUUUAAGUGGUUAGCGCAUCAGGAGCGGGAGUGGCAGCAGAUACGUGAUUCGAUUUUGAUGUUCAUAAAUUAUGAUUGACGGCGGGAGGUGAAUGGCGUGGGCAAGGGGAAGCAUGAUGCGAAGCUUGAGAUCAGUUUGAGUAGAGUGUACUAUUAGCUGCGACAUAGAAGCAGGAUCUGCGACUGCGAUAGAUUAGAUUAAAUCAAACCAUUCUAUACUCAGUGUA